UCUCUGAUGCAUUGCAAUAUUGGAAAGCAAAAGAAGGGCCGAGUGUUUUAUAAAAGGGGCAAUAAACUAAAAACUUACCGACCUCGUGCUAUGAUGUUAAAGCAUGGAGCUAUAAAUAGCUCCAUGCAUGAUGACUGUCAAUCUGGCAGUGACUCGAUGAUGUCGCAAGAUUCAGACAAAAACACCAGUAAACAUCCAGUCAAUUGGCUGGAUCUACUGCAAGGAAUUGAAGUCAUCGUACUAGAUAUUGAGGGAACAACAACCCCAAUAACUUUUGUCAAGGAUGUUUUGUUUCCGUAUGUCACCGAGCAUCUGGAGGACUAUUUAGAUGAUCAUUGGGAGGAAAAAAAAUGUCAGGAUGACGUCAGAGCAUUGAGGGACCAGGCCAAUCUUGACAAGGACCUUGAAGGUGUAGUCACCAUCCCAGAAGACAUCCAAGGUGAUUCCUCAUCAUCUAAGAUGUCAGUGAAGGAAGCAGUGAUGCAGAGCAUCCGAUGGCUGAUGGCUGCUGACAGGAAGGUGACAGCACUCAAACAGCUACAAGGUCAUAUGUGGAGGUCAGGAUACAAGGACAAGACACUUGUUGCACAAGUUUACAGUGAUGUGCUACCUGCCAUCAAACAGUGGAUAUCAGACGGUAAGAAGGUCUACAUUUAUUCAUCAGGGAGUGUGGAGGCACAGAAACUACUGUUUGGCCACACUGACAAUGGGAGCCUGCUGGAGCUUUUCUCGGGAUAUUUUGACACCAAGAUUGGAUCAAAGGUGGAGAAGGAAAGUUACCUGAAAAUAGCGGCUGAGGUUGGAAGUGAACCUGGACAAAUUCUGUUCCUAACAGAUGUCACCAGAGAGGCACUACCAGCAAGUCAAGCUGGUCUGAAGACAGCGAUUGUUGUGCGAGAUGGAAACGCACCCCUGACAGAAGAUGAGACGAAGUCAUACCAACAAAUCAAAUCAUUCAGUGAACUCUUACCGGAUGACGGAGAACCACUGGAAAAAAUACAGAAACAAUGAAAUUCAGGGAUUUUUUCCCCUUUAGAUCAAACUCUUAUCUGAAAGCUAAGAGUUUUUUUUAUAUUUUUUAUUGAUAAAGAUAUUGAAAUGUGGGCGUCGUUUUACGGUACACUCUGAUUUGUUGUAGUUACAGGAAAAUCUUCAGUAUCAUGGGUUCUGAAAUUUCUGUCUUAAUGAUAAUAUAAGUUGAAAUGUAAUGUAAUUAGAUUUACUGUAAUGUUUUUCUUUUGCCACAUUAUGUCUUACCAAUGUUUAAUUUUUAACCAUUUAAGUUCAUUCAAUGCCUCUUUAACUGAACUGCUGGAACAUGCAAGGUAUGUAACCCAUUAGAACUUGUACUAUCAAUUUUAUUAGGUUUUACCCUUCACCAACAUAUAAACACUAUAUACUUGGUGUGCUACCUCCAGGUGAAAUUGAGAGAAAAAAUCACUUGGUGAGACUCAAAGCCAUGACCCCCUGCUUUCUGUUACAGACGUCUUACUACUUGCCAACUUGUGGAAUCGGUUGGCUGGUUCAAAACUUAAUGAAUCAUCUUAUGAAGAGAACUUGUUCUAAAUUGUAUUAUGGUGUAUUUAUUUUCCUGAAGAAUGCAUAAAAUCAUGGAGUUAUGUGGCAGUUUCAGGUGUUACAAUAAAGAAAUAGGCAGGGUGGUUUCAGGUGGUACAUGGACUAAUGUGCAUAGUGCUUUAUUGAAGAUUGUGUUAACAUUGGAGGAAUGUGUUACAUAGGAAAAUGAAACUAAAAAGGGACAGUGUACAUGGCAUCUGAUAUCUUCACUGCUUGUGUAGAUCUUGAGAUGAAUUAUGCUUAGAUUUUUUUUGCAGGAGAUGUCUGCCAAGAUGUAAUAGUGAACUGUGCACACACAAAAACAUUUUUACCCUUAAGUUGAUAAGUUAUUACACAAACUCCACUCACAGGACGAUGUUAACAGUAGAUACAGACCCAAAGGUUUAUUGUACUACAAUCCAAGUGAUUCAUACACAAAUAUGAAGUAAUAGUAACACAGCAAAUAAACCAACUAGUUCGUAAAAUUACCGACUCGGUUCUGUAUACAAAAUUAGUUUCUUCUUUGUUUUUGAACAAAUCAACCUUGAAUUUAACCAAGCAAACACAUCUCCUUUCAUACGCAUGAUUCUGCUCUCACACUGCAGCGACGGCCGCAUUCAACACAUACAACUGUACAAUUUGUGAAAUUUCAAUGACAAUUUUCAAAAUUUUUGCUCAUAAUUAAAUGCAAAUAAAGGAAACAAGCUAAAUGACAUGUUUGAAUCAGGUAUGCAGUGUCAAGUAUUUAUUUUUGGUUAAUUUUUUAUCUUUCAAA